GCACCUACGCUGUAGAAAGGAAGAGACAGAGGGAGGGGACACAGCUCUGAACAAGACCAGCUGCAGAGAAGAAAAGUGACACCAGAAACGAGAGGAACACAUCAGAACGGAUCACUACGGCAGGUGCUCACCGACAGAUUCUAUUCCCAUCACUGAAACAAGAUGCCAGCUGGUUCUGAAAAUCUUCUGAUCUCACCUGCAACCAUCAAAGCUGCCUCUACAGGCACUUUGACGAUCAGCGGACCACUAAACUACCGUGGAGGGAAAAGGGUAGAACCUGUAGGAGAUGCAGGGGAAUGUGUAGAUGUGUAUGAGCCUGCUACUGGACAUGUAAUCUGCAACUUCGUUAGUUCUGGACAGCAAGAAGUAGACCUGGCCAUCCAGAGUGCUAAAGCUGCUUUUCAGAAAUGGAGUCAGCUAUCAGGCUUACAGAGGAGUGCCAUUCUGCUGAAAGUUGCACAGCUUAUAAGGGAAAGGAAGAAUGAAAUAGCAGUUGCAGAAUCCAUCAAUAAUGGGAAACCAUUGUUUCAAGCUCAGUCAGAUGUUGAAGGAUCGUGUGUGCAAAUAGAAUAUUUUGCUGGAUUGGCUCCCACAAUAUCAGGCCAGCAUAUUCAACUCCCAGCUGGAUCAUUUGCUUACACCAGGAGAGAGCCACUUGGUGUCUGUGUUGGGAUUGGAGCCUGGAAUUUUCCUUUCAUGUUAGCCUGCCUUAAAUUAGCUCCUGCACUGGCUUGUGGUAAUGCUAUGGUUUACAAACCCUCACCCUUUACACCUAUCACAGCAGUUAUGCUAGCCGAAAUACUCACUCAGGCUGGGGUUCCCGAAGGACUGUUCAAUAUCGUGCAGGGAGGUGCUACAACUGGAGAGUUACUCUGCAGACACCCUGAUGUAGCAAAAAUCACUUUUACUGGGAGUGUUCCUACAGGAAAGAAGAUCAUGGAAAUGGCUGCAAAGACAAUAACACCAGUUACCUUGGAACUUGGAGGAAAAUCUCCUAUGAUUAUCUUUUCAGACUGUGAUUUGCCCAAUGCAGUGAAAGCAUCUCUGCUGGCAAACUUUGUGAAUCAAGGACAGGUUUGUUGUAAUGGGACCAGAGUGUUUGUACAAAGAGAUAUCCUGGAUAAGUUUUUAGAAGAGGUGGUAAAGCGCACAGAAGCCAUCACUGUUGGGGACCCAUUGGUGACAGGCACAAAAAUGGGUGGACUGAUCAAUCGUCCACAUCUCGAGAAGGUCCUCAGCUAUGUGAAAAAAGCCAAAGAACAGGGAGCAAAAGUUCUGUGUGGUGGGGAACCAUUUGUACCCAGUGACCCCAAACUGAAGAAUGGAUUUUUCAUGAAGCCUUGUAUCUUAGUAAACUGCAGGGAUGAUAUGACCUGUGUUAAAGAAGAAAUCUUUGGACCAGUGAUGUCUGUUUUGGUGUUUGAUACCGAGGAAGAAGUAUUGCAAAGAGCCAAUAACACAACCUAUGGACUGGCAUCAGGUGUCUUCACCAGGGACAUUUUCCGUGCUCACAGAGUAGCAGCAGCACUUCAAGCAGGAACUUGCUUCAUUAAUAACUAUAAUAAGAACUCAACCGGGCUUCCAUUUGGAGGCUACAAAAUGUCUGGUAUUGGAAGAGAAAAUUCACAGGUUGCAAUCGAGCAUUUCACUCAGUUAAAAACUGUCUGUGUGGAAAUGGGAGAUGUGCUAAGCCCCUUUUAACUGCCAUUGCACAAUCAUUUCUCAAGCAUGUUAGUGGUGUCCAGGCACUUAUGAUCAUAUUGUGAUAUUGUCUUUCUGGUUAUUUAGGCACUUUUCUUUUGUUUUGUUUCACUGUUUUAGGAUCAUGUUUUGUAAGCCAGCUAAGCUGGGAUAAGGUGGCCUUAAAAUCAAAACUGACACAUAAAAGACAAGUUCUGCUUUCUUGGAUAUGUGUACAUUUCUGAUGCUGUUUUUGUUUUGCUGACAUAGUUUUUAAGUUUCUGUUCAUCAAUGAAUUGAUGUUGUUAUUACUGAAUAACUGCCUAUUUAACCCGGUCAUUUUAACAGCAGUUUCAUUUCAGUUUACACUAACUUGCAUUUCUAAUCAAGUGAAGUUUUUCAGUCAAAACAAUUGUAUCUUGGUGAAACCUAAUAAAAGUGUUUAUGGUUUA